GUGGCUCGGAGACGCAUGCGCAAUGUCUCCGCGGUAAUUAGGGCUGUUUCCUCAACCGGCGUGAGAAGACCUCAGGCUCCCGGGAUUCCAGUCACCUGGUUACUGCCUCCUCCGCGCCCGAGCCGGGUCGCAGGCUCCCGAGCUCUUUCCGCUCUCCGCCGCCGGCUUCCCUCCGCGGCGCGACUCUCAGGGCCAAGAUGAGCCUGUUUGGAGCAGCCUCCGGGUUUGGCACUGGGGGAGCCAGCAUGUUUGGCAGCGCCGCCGCAGAUAAUCACAACCCUAUGAAGGAUAUUGAAGUAACAUCCUCUCCUGAUGAUAGCAUUGGUUGUCUAUCUUUUAGCCCGCCAGCCUUGCCGGGGAACUUCCUUAUUGCAGGGUCGUGGGCUAACGAUGUUCGAUGCUGGGAAGUUCAAGACAGUGGACAGACUAUUCCAAAAGCCCAACAGAUGCACACUGGGCCUGUGCUAGAUGUCUGCUGGAGUGAUGAUGGGAGCAAAGUAUUUACGGCGUCAUGUGAUAAAACUGCCAAAAUGUGGGACCUCAACAGUAACCAGGCGAUACAGAUAGCACAGCACGAUGCUCCUGUUAAAACUAUACACUGGAUCAAAGCACCAAACUACAGCUGUGUGAUGACCGGGAGCUGGGAUAAGACUUUGAAGUUUUGGGAUACACGAUCAUCAAAUCCUAUGAUGGUUUUACAACUCCCUGAAAGGUGUUACUGUGCUGACAUGAUAUAUCCUAUGGCCGUGGUGGCAACUGCAGAGAGGGGACUGAUUGUCUAUCAGUUAGAGAAUCAACCUUCUGAAUUCAGGAGGAUAGAAUCUCCACUGAAACAUCAGCAUCGAUGUGUGGCUAUUUUUAAAGACAAACAGAACAAGCCGACAGGUUUUGCCCUGGGAAGCAUUGAGGGGAGAGUUGCCAUUCACUACAUCAACCCCCCGAAUCCUGCCAAAGAUAACUUCACCUUUAAAUGUCAUCGAUCUAACGGAACCAACACUUCAGCUCCUCAGGACAUUUACGCGGUGAAUGGAAUUGCGUUCCAUCCUGUUCAUGGCACCCUUGCAACUGUGGGAUCUGAUGGUAGAUUCAGCUUUUGGGACAAAGAUGCCAGAACAAAACUAAAAACUUCGGAACAGUUAGAUCAACCGAUCUCGGCUUGCUGCUUCAAUCACAAUGGAAACAUAUUUGCAUAUGCUUCCAGCUACGACUGGUCAAAGGGACAUGAAUUUUAUAACCCCCAAAAGAAAAAUUACAUUUUCCUACGUAACGCAGCCGAAGAGCUAAAGCCCAGGAAUAAGAAGUAGUGGCUGGAGACUUGUGGGUUGUCCAGAGUUGUCUUCUCUCCACUCUGCCUCAUCUCUGUACGAAUUUGGGUCCCAGCUUUCAGUGGGUUGUCAGCCAUGGAUGUGGAUUUCAACCCCUGAAGAAAACGAUGUCAUUGUUCAGCAGUCAGGAGCCUGGCGGCCACGGUGACUGUCCAUCUCUCCAUUCCACUGCCGGUUACAGGUUUUGUCUGUAACUCUAAGAUCUUAGAUUCAUGUGGGCAACUGCCAGGUAUUUUGCAGUGCUUCAUUCAGCAGUGUAUGUAUUAGGGAACAUUGGGAAACAUUCUACGAGCCCUGUACUGUAUUUUGUAAUAAAAUAUUUAGAAGAUUGUCUCCUAAGAUCCCUUUGUCCGUCUCUCCCCUUGCCCACCCCGUAAGCUCUGAAGUGGUUGCCCUGCUCAGCAUCAUCAUUGGGUUUUGAUUUGUGAUUGCAGAUGCCCUGUGGGAAAUGCAGAAAUUUUGCCCCUUUGGAGAGAGGAACCCCUGAGCUGGGAGUAUUUCUGCUGUGUGGAUUGUCUAGCAGCAGUCUCUCCAAGCAUUGGUGGGCAGAGUUUGAAUGUGUUUUUCUUUUGCUUCCUUCAUUCCUGUCUUGGACAUUCCAGUGCUUUUCAGUUCUGCAGGGCAGAUGUCCUGGUGACUGGAACAGGGGUGUUCGUGUUCUGAGUGACAGGCCUUUGUGGGCAAAGCGCAAGUGGGUGAUGCAUGUGUGGCCUUCAAGUUAGAACUCAGGUACCCUGCCUGGGAAGUACUUGGAGCUGGUGCCCCCAGUAGCCAUAGGUUUGAGGUGUUGCUUUUUUAUUUCAUGUAGUUCAAAAUUCCUGAUCGGUAAGUAUCUGAAAUGAGAGUCUGUUGUGUUUUUGCCCUGCAAUCCCGAAUGCUUUUUCUGCUUUACUCUUCGGGGCUGGUGUGUAAAUUAACUUCCUGAGUGUGGAGCUCUGGUAUUGAUAAUACUGUAAGACAUGUUUGCCUACUCUUAAAAGACAAAAUAAAGUUUUCUACUGAAAGACAU